AUGGACUUGGCUCAAACAGCGCACCAGACACGUAAUGAUUACUUCAUGAACAGUGGAGACAGGAUUUCAUUUUUCUUUGAGGAAGAAGCUCUGGAUAAAGAUGGAAACUUACUUGUAGACAAGCUUGUGUCUGUGAACAAGAUUGGACAUGCUCUUCACUGCUUGGAUCCUGUGUUCAGUCGGAUCACUCAAAGUGACAAGGUGAAGAACCUGGCCAAAGCUGUGGGUUUUGUAGAUCCAGUCAUUUGUCAAAGCAUGUAUAUCUUCAAGCAACCCAGGAUUGGCGGAGUGGUGAGGCCCCACCAGGAUUCCACUUUUCUCAACACCAGCCCCAAGCGGUUGAUUGGAGUCUGGAUCCCCCUGGAAGAUGCCACCAAAGAAAAUGGCUGCCUGUGGUUCAUUCCUAGAUCCCACAGAAGUGGAGUCCACAAUGACCGAUACAUGGUGAAGUGCCCACAAGAAGGCAGCCAGACUGAAGGCACCACCUUCACUAACCCACCUGUGGUGUAUGAUGACAGUGAGUUUGUCCCAGCUGAGAUGAAAGCAGGAUCUGUGGCCCUGAUCCAUGGAGAGGUGGUCCACAAGAGUGAGCCCAACCGUUCAGACAAGUCCCGGCACGCCUACACCUUCCACAUGUUUGACAGCCAUGGAGUGGACUACAGCACACUCAAUUGGUCACUAAUGAUUGUAUUCAAGAUUAUACAUGAUGUAAUGUUGGUGGGUUCAUUUUAUCAUUGUAUUUUAUGUUAG